AUGGACAGCAACAGCACGCUGUUGAGCUCCGGCUCUCCUCCUCCAUCCAUCCACCCCGAGAUGGUGACUUUUACGCCCACCAUCUUCCCUCGGGUGGGCUACAGUAUACUCUCCUUCCUCAUGUUCAUCAACACGGUGUUAUCCGUUUUUAACAAUGUUCUCGUCAUAACCGUGUUGCUGAGGAAUCCGUCGCUCCUCCAGCCCAUGAACAUUUUCAUCCUCAGCCUCGCGGUGUCGGACCUCAUGAUAGGCCUGUGCGGCUCCCUGAUCGUCACCAUCACCAACUACCAAGGCUCCUUCUUUAUCGGCCACACAGCCUGCGUGUUUCAAGGAUUCGCAGUCAAUUAUUUUGGUCUGGUGUCACUCUGCACUCUCACCCUGCUUGCCUACGAGCGUUACAACAUGGUGUGUAAACCGAGAAAUGGCCUCAAGUUGAGCAUGCGGAGAAGCCUCCACGGGCUGCUAAUUGUCUGGAUCUUCUGCUUGUUUUGGGCGGUGGCUCCGUUAUUUGGCUGGAGCUCCUACGGACCGGAGGGAGUCCAGACCUCCUGCUCUCUGGCCUGGGAGGAGAGAUCGUGGAGCAACUACAGCUACCUCAUCCUCUACACGCUCCUCUGCUUCAUUUUACCUGUUGCGGUCAUCAUCUACUGCUACUCCAAAAUGCUCACAUCCAUGAAUAAGCUGAACAGGAGUGUGGAGCUCCAGGGUGGGCGUUCCAGCCAGAAGGAGAAUGAUCACGCCAUCAACAUGGUCCUCUCUAUGAUCAUAGCUUUUUUUGUUUGCUGGCUGCCCUACACGGCACUGUCAGUGGUGGUUGUCGUGGAUCCAACCCUCUACAUCCCUCCACUGGUCGCCACCAUGCCCAUGUACUUUGCCAAGACCAGCCCGGUCUAUAACCCCAUUAUCUACUUCCUUACCAACAAGCAGUUCCGUGAUGCCACUCUGGAGAUGCUGUCGUGCGGCCGCUACAUUGCCCAUAUGCCCACCACCGUCAACAUCAACAUGCACUCCUUGAACAAGAGGAGCCGACUGACUUCCUUAGGCAGGAACGUCAACUCGCACAGCAAGGUGUUGCCUCUGUGA